GGGGCGGGGCCAAGCGCUGGGUAUUGGAAGCGAUGAGCAGGAUCGGGGCAGUGGAUGUGAUGGUGAUGGUGUGUGUGAUGGUCUGUGGUGAUGGUGGUGGUGGCGCGCGCGUGUUACGCGUGAUGUGACGGCACGGCACGUGAGAGCGUGCAGAGGAUUUAUAACCCGAGUCACCAUUCAUCAUCAUCAUCAUCACCAAAGGGCAUCGUCGUCUUCUGCUGGAUUAUUGAAGAGAUUUUAUUAGUCAACGAUAUAUUGUAAACAUCAUCAUCAUCAUCAACAACAUUAUCAAUACAUCAUCAUCAACACCAUGAAAAUGUUAUCAACAUCAUCAUCACCACCACCAGCAUCAUCAUCAUCAUCUAAAUUACUAAACACAAAUAUUCACCCUUGAUAUUUCGUAAACUUUAUCAUUACCAUCAUCAAGGUGUCAAUUUAAUCAUCAAGAUAUCAUCAACAACAUCAUCAUCAACUCUAUCUACCGAUAUCACCAUCAUCAUCAUCAUCACCAGCACCACCAUCAUCAUCACCAGCAUCAUCAUCAUCACCGGCACCACCAUCAUCAGCAGCACCAUCAUCAUCAGCAGGAAAGUGACAUCGUUUAGACCGGUGACGAAUGAGUACUUCAGCAACACCACCAGCAAACACCGGGCAGAGUCACACUGAGAAGACCCACACUCGUGAUGGCAGUGAGGAUGGCGAUGAUGGUGGUGACGGUAGUGAGGAUGAUGGCCUCUAUAACAACGUAAAACCCCCUAGUCCAUCGUUUCAUUACCCCUCAUUCUUACCACUCCUCUUCCCGUAUCAUCAUCCUCCCUCUCCUCCACCUCACUCCUCAAUCCCACAACGUCAUCAUCCUCCUCCUCCUCCACCUCCUCCUCCUCCUCCUCCUCAUCAUCAUCAUCACCACCACCACCACCGCCGCUGUACAUCACAUCGAGUGGCUACCACUCGGACACAAUUCGUGAUGAGGAGGUGGGAGAAGAUAGAACGGUGACUCCAGCCAGCUGAAUCAGAGGAGGUGGAGGAGGUGUCAGGAAUGGGGAUUAAAGAGCAGCAGCUGCUGCUGAUGAUGAUGAUGGUGGUGGUCGUGCUGCUGAUGAUGAUGAUGGUGGUGGUCGUGCCAGCCAAAGGCUCCCGCCUGCGCCAGGAGGACUCCCCGCCUCGGAUCGCCGAGCAUCCCUCCGACCUGAUCGUGUCUCGGGGCGAGCCGGCGACCCUCAACUGCAAGGCGGAGGGGCGUCCCCCUCCCAGCGUCGAGUGGUACAAGGACGGCGAGCGCGUGGACACCGCCGACCUUGGCGGUGGUGGCGCCGGUGGUGGCGCCGGUGGUGGCGCCGGUGGCGGCGGUGGCGGCGGCAACCGGAUGCUGUUGCCCGACGGUUCGCUCUUCUUCCUGUUCCUGCGCAACCGGCCGGACGAGGGGACGUACGCGUGCGUGGCGCGCAACUACCUGGGGGAGGCCGUGAGCCGGAACGCCUCGCUCGCUAUCGCCUGUUCGUAA